AUGUACUAUGCCUUGGAGGGGCCUUGGAUACCAAGCAUUGCAGAUCUCGAGAAUCCUUGCAACGAAUGGACUUUCCUCAACAUUCGUGGUGGUUUGCCACGGGUUUCUUGCGGCGGGAUGACUGCGGCUGGCAUGGAACAGAUGCAAAUGAUCUACAGUGUAGUGAAGUGCAGGACUGACUACUCAUUAAUAUGUGAUGCCAGUGGUGUUGUGAAAUACAUCAACAUUUCCCUGCAUGAAAUCCAUGGGACUAUUCCUCCAGAGAUUUCAUUGCUAACCGGGCUCUCUGUUUUGGACCUUCGGGGACAGUUCCUUUCAGGGAAGCUGCCGACUGAGAUUGGCCUGAUGAACGAUCUUACGAUGAUGGAUGCAAGCUGGAACGAAAAUCUCGCCGGGUCCGUCCCUUCAGAGAUUGGCAAUCUGUCUCAGCUACUAAAUCUGCGUUUGGACGUCACAACGCUGAGUGGCCCCAUCCCUAGGGAAAUUUCUAGGCUCUCCAAAUUGGAGGUCCUGAGUCUACAGUGGACUGAACUGUCUGGGCAAAUUCCUUCUGGGCUAUUUCUGCUUCCCAAUCUGAGGCAUCUUUGGCACUCGAGCCGUGAUACGGCAGAUUUGACGGCAUUCACUGUACCAAACGAAAUUGGGCUGCUCACCAAUCUGCGUUCUUUGCAACUCAACGACGUAGUCGGGACGAUCCCCACGUCGUUGGGACUGCUCACAAACCUGCAUGAUCUGCAUCUCCAGGGAAUUUUGAAGAAACCAGGUGUAUCCUCCACGCUUCCUACAGAAAUUGGUCGCUUGACUUCUCUCCACGAAUUGAAAUUUGGGAAUCAACUAAAUGGAAACAUUCCCACAGAGUUUGCUUUGCUGUCUCGUCUGCGACGUUGUGACCUGGCUGGGAACUCCUUAUCGGCCACACUGCCAAAUAGCUUGGGUAUUUUGACUAGCUUCAGUCCAAUCGAGUUCGACCCUGUGAAACUAAUGGAGAUGGCAAACUAUUCCAGAAUACUGAACAUGUCAGUCUACAACGAAAGCGGAAACGUUUCUUCUCCCUUGUAUACGUGCUUCCUGUACAUACACUGA